AUGGAUUGGGACUCGUUCUCGUCCAUCUACGUGGCCGCCGCCAACGGCCACCUCGAGAUUGUUGGCUGGCUCUGCACGCUAGUCCACGACCUCGACGGGAACGAGCUGGUUGCCGCCGCUGCGUAUGGCCACGACGACGUCGUCAAGUACUUGCUCGAGAGGACAUCGUCGCAUUCGAUCGAGUCCGCCUUGACGUGCGCGCUGCGAGGUGGUCAUGCCGGCAUCGUGCGACGACUGCUGCCGAUCGUGCAAACCGUGGGCCCAUGCGAUAUCUACUGUGCGUGGACACCACAGUCCAUUCUCGGUUGCGGUCACGUUCAAGCGCUCCAGCACCUUCUGAACGCCAACGUGGAUGUGACGCAGAUCGACGCCCAUGCCAUCUUUCUCAACGACGACGACGAGCCGACGCUGAUGCUCGACGCCACCUGCGCCGAGAUCGAGUCUGUCGCGCGCCAAUUACCGCGCACGUUUCACGUGGUCAUGCUCUUGGCGGCGGCGCGCCAUG